AUGUACGACCCCGGCUCGCUGUUGGCAAUGUCCGCAGGCCUUGUCGAGUUUGCCCAAGGCUCGCAUCUUGUCAUUUUAAGCCGUAGCAAAGAAUUUGUUGAUAUCCUGUACGAUGCCGAAGACCUAGGCCCACUCCUGACACCCUCAUCAAAGUCGCCCGGCCAAAUUUUCUUGGACCAUUGGAUCGAUCCAAUCGCCAUCUUCCUAGCACACAGCUACAUAUCCAGUGGCCUGAGACCAUAUAUCGGUACCCUGCGUCCAAAAUUAGACACACUCGCAUGGUUCAUCAUGCCUCUGCUCGUGUACCUAUAUCAGAAGAAGAUUGUGAAAAGAGCAGCAAAACAACUGUUCCUCGAGCCACUCAACGACCGAGGACAACAAAACCUGGCUAUCUCUGGAUCCUGGACAAGGAGAAUCCGACGUCAAAUUGACGCUGCCAUCGUGUCAUACUGGUCUAUCAUCCUCGUCGGCCCCAUCAUCGACGGCCUAUUCUUCCUGGCACUCAAAGGCUCAGAAGGCAAAAACUGCGUCAUACGCUCCAAGUUAAAUCUGUUCGUUUCAGUCACCUACGUGUCAUAUUGGUAUCUACUCGUCGGCUUCUCGGGCACGAAGGGCUGGGGAAGGAAGUUCACGGGAUGGUAUUUCUACGUUCUUGUAGCGCUGCUCUGUGCAAGUGCGACACACGAUUUAGUUGUUUUUGGGCCGACGACAAAUGUGCUUACAAAGUACGCUAUGCUGUGUCUGAACAUGUUUGGCGUCGUGUGGAUUAGCAGAUAUCUGGGGAAAGGGGAAAGAAGACAGAAACCUGCUGGUACUUAG